CUGUGCGAGCACUCAACGACAAUAUUCGAUCUUACCUGUUUUCCGUGUUCUACUGCUCAGCAUAGCGUUCCAAAAUCCGAUCGCGCACCACUAGUAAGGAGGCCCCUCUACUAAAUUCUUAUUACCACAAAUCCACUUUCGAGUAAGAAUCAAGAAUCCUCCUUGGAACAUCAACAACAAUAAAUAUCACCUUCCUCGUCCUCUGUAACCAGGGUCUGAUAUCAUUGUCACCUUGUUUUACAUAGCCUCUGGCCGAUCUCCAAGUUAUUUAGUGCCUCGAUUCCCAUCUUCUUCCUAGCUCGCUCAUCUUCCGCUCAUCAUUCCCAUUAAUGUCCAAGACAGACAUAUCUAGUCUCUAGAAAUGCAGUCUCUCCUUCUUGUACGGAUGCUGGUGGCACUGUUUAUAGCGUCGAGCGCUGCACAAGACUUCACACCAUCGAUUUAUUGGAAAAACCCUAACAUCACGUCGUCUAAGGACGACCGCAUUAGCAUUGCAAGCGCUGCUCUAGAAAAAGCGGUUAGCAUGCUCCAGCCCAAUGGGCAAUUCAACGAUACCACAUACGAAACGGCUGGCAGGCUUUACGCACAAAUGGCCGAACUUGAUAGACUGACAAACCAAACCAAGUACAAGCAAACGUUGAAACAGUGUUUCGCACUCGCAGAGUCAGUCAGGUCUGAAUUUUUGAAUCAGUUGUCAAUAGAAUAUGGGCUGUUGUUAUGGAUAUUGGGUACCCACUGAUUCGGUGCAUGAGUCAACACAUGCCCGAACUCGGCCUUCUCGGUCCUAGUAGUGACUCACUCG